CAUCUCCUCUUUCGCUCCUUGGGAUUAAACUUGGCAUUGGCUGAUCCUCCUGAAAAUGAUCGCCUUCAGAUAUUAAAUGAAGCUUGGAAGGUUAUAACAAAGCUGAAGAACCCACAGGAUUAUAUCAACUGUGCUGAAGUGUGGGUGGAGUAUACGUGCAGACAUUUUACGAAGCGAGAGGUCAAUACAGUUCUGGCUGAUGUUAUCAAACACAUGACACCUGAUCGAGCAUUUGAAGAUGCUUAUCCACAGCUGCAGUCAGUUAUUCAGAAGGUUAUUACCUAUAUCUAUGACUUCUCUCUGCUUUUUUCAGUGGAGAAAUUCUUGCCAUUUCUGGAUAUGUUCCAGAAGGAAAGUGUGAGAGUGGAGGUUUGCAAGUGCAUUAUGGAAUCUUUUAUCAAGCAUCAAACAAAGGAUCCUGUUAUACUCAAUGCUCUUCUGCACAUCUGCAAGACGAUGCAUGAUUCUGUGAAUGCAUUAACACUUGAGGAUGAGAAAAGAAUGUUAGCAGCUUUGAUAAAUGGAUUCAUAAAAAUGGUUUCAUUUGGCCGUGACUUUGAGCAACAGCUGAGUUUCUAUGUUGAAGCUAGGUCAGUGUUUUGCAAUCUGGAGCCCGUUCUUGUCCAGUUGAUUCAUUCUGUAAACCAACUAGCAAUGGCAACAAGAAAGGUGAUGAAAGGAAAUCAUUCCAGGAAGACUGCUGCGUUUGUCAGGGCUUGUGUUGCCUUCUGCUUCAUUACAAUUCCAUCUCUGAGCAGUAUCUUCACACGUCUCAAUCUGUAUCUACACUCUGGACAGGUUGCUCUGGCAAAUCAGUGCCUUUCACAAGCUGAUGCAUUUUUCAAAGCUGCAGUAAGCCUUGUUCCUGAAGUGCCAAAAAUGAUCAACGUAGAUGGAAAGAUGCGACCUUCUGACGCCUUCCUCCUGGAGUUCCUUUGCAAUUUCUUUUCCACAUUAUUAGUUGUUCCGGACCAUCCAGAACAAGGGGUGUUGUUUCUUGUGCGAGGAUUACUAAAUGUCAUCCAGGAUUAUACUUGGGAGGAUAACAGUGAUGACAAAGUCAGGAUUUAUGCUAAUGUUUUGCAUCUGCUGUCUGCUAUGACUCAAGAAGCUUAUAUCUACCAUGUAGAUAAAGUUGAUUCCAAUGAUACCCUGUAUGGUGGUGACUCCAAGUUCCUGGCUGAAAUUAAUAAACUGUGUGAAACAGUGGUAGCACAGAUCCUGGAUCAUCUGAAAACCCUUGGAAAAGAAGAGACCCUAAAGCGACAGAGUCAAUUGGCACUGUAUUUCUUUAACACUAUUCUAACUCAUGGGGAUCUGCGAAACAACAAACUAAACCAGCUUUCAGUAAAUCUCUGGAAUCUUGCUCAGAAAUAUGGCUUUGCUGACACCAAGACUAUGGUGAAAACGCUAGAAUAUAUCAAGAGGCGAAGCAAACAACCUGAAAUGAGUCACUUCACAGACUUGGCCCUUCGGCUUCCUCUGCAGUCCAGGACCUGAUGAGUGCCUCUCUUCCAAGGAGUCAUCUGUACAAGAGAACAUGUAGCCAAGGCCAAAAAUCACUGGUCUAGAUUUUGACUGGAGUUCAGUGUAUUUUUAUUUUACUUAGUGUGACAGGUUUACUUGGACUCAGGUAAAACUGUUCUGAGUGCAAUAAUUUAAUCUGAAUUUUCCAGUAUUCCC